CUGAAUAAUUUUCUUGCAGAUGUACGUGAUGAAAGCAAUAUACGCCGUUAUAGAACAGCAUUUAGUCGGGAACAAAUAAAUCGACUAGAGAAAGAAUUUGCCAAAGAGAAUUACGUCUCAAGACCAAAACGAUGCGAAUUAGCUGCUCAAUUGAAUCUUCCUGAAGGGACAAUUAAGGUUUGGUUCCAAAACCGUCGAAUGAAGGAUAAACGCCAAAAAAUGGCCACUCUCCAUUGGCCGCUAGUCGAGCAUCAGAUGACCGCUUACAUGUUGAAUCCAUUUUAUUAUGAGGCAUGGAGGUCUUCAUUUCUACCAAAAUUAUGUGCACCAAGCCUUGCGCGCCCACUGCUGGCUUCGAAUCCAUUAUUUUCAUCGUCAUCGAUUUGUACAUCGUCGAGUCCUGAAACGAAAACGCCUGAUCCUGAAAUAUCCCCAGCUCGAGCCUCGUCCAGUUAA